UCUUUAUCACAUACAAACCCUCCUCCCUCCUUUUCAUCACUUGGUCACAUCAUGCUUUUUGAGUCCCCAUUGUUUUUCCUCUCCUCUUUCUCUCUCUUAACCAACUUGAAUGGGUAUUGAGGAUUGAGUCCUCUCUCUUCCCCCAUUACAAAAGGAUUCCCAGAGAACAAUCCCAAGCCAAAUGACCAACCAAGUCCCCCAACUUCUUUUACCCUUUCUCUAUAUUUAUCUUCUUUGUUUCUUUGCAUAAUCAAUCAGUCGCGCCCUUCGACUCCGAAGAUCACAUUCUUUUAUAUCCUCUCAUUUGGCAGUAGGUAUAUAUACUCUUUGUUGCCUCUAAACACCAAAUUCAAUUGAUCUCCAACACCAUGCCGCCGGUUCACUCUAGUCCGUACUUCCAAAUGGACAACCCCCCGGCCAUACUAUCGCUACUCCGGCAUGCAACACACACAGGCCCCAGGGAGAAGCGGCCCAAGUCAUCGUCCUCCUCGACUGGCGGUGUCUUCCGCCUCUUCAAGCUCCUCCCCAUGCUGACCACUGGGUGCAAGAUGGUCGCGCUCCUUGGGCGGCCCCGGAAGCCGCUCCUCAAGGACGGCGCGACGACAGUGACGAUCUUCGGGUAUCGGAAGGGCCGGAUUGUCCUGGCAAUCCAGGAAGACCCUCACUGCAUGCCCAUCUUCGUCUUGGAGCUUCCCAUGCUGACCAGCGCCUUCCACAAGGAGAUGGCGAGCGAGAUCGUGAGGAUCGCGCUGGAGAGCGAGACGAGGACGCACAAGAAGAAAGUGAUGGAGGAGUUCGUGUGGGCCGUGUACUGCAACGGGAGGAAGAUGGGCUACUCCAUCCGGAGGAAGCAGAUGAGCGACGACGAGGUGCACGUGAUGCAGCUCCUGAGAGGGGUGUCGAUGGGAGCGGGCGUGCUCCCGUCGCCGCCACCGUGCGAGAAGGAGGGGCCAGACGGAGAGUUGACGUACCUGCGGGCAAGGUUCGAGAGGGUGGUCGGGUCGAAGGACUCGGAGGCCUUGUACAUGAUCAACCCGGACGGGGCGCAAGGGCCGGAGCUCAGUAUUUUCUUUGUCAGGGUUCGCUAGGCCAAUAAUAUCGUGCCGCGGACGAUACUUGCUACUCUUGUAACAUUCUAGCUGAUGACUGAUUGCUCUCAUCUUCUUCUUCUUCUUCUUCUUUUUCCUCUUUCUUGGGUGAACAAUCUUGUAACAUAUGGUUGUAUUCAGUCGAAAAGGAAGGGAUGUCGGAUGAGUUGUGACUACUUUCAGUCCGGUUACAACUUUAGAUUAUGUACGAGAGCAAGUGAUUUUGGCCUUAUAUAUUGCUCCCAGAGAGGUCCGGAUUCCAGGCCCAGCUCAAUGUCUUGGGCUAAACAGUUCUGUCACCAUGUUGUCUCUAAGUUGGCCACGUAAUGGCAAUUUCGCCUCUGACGAAAUAAAGGUUUGGAGCCCGAUAUUGCAUUGUU